UGUUUCCGGGUCGCUCCGACGUCUGGGCUGCGCGGCCGGGGUGGUGCAGGCCGGCCUGGAACUUCUCGGGAUCCCGGGCCACUGAGAGUCGGGGGCUGCCACGGUGCACCGGGCUGCUGGGGUGAUGACGAAUGGCUCGCACUUUGGAACCACUGGCAAAGAAGAUCUUUAAAGGAGUUUUAGUGGCUGAACUUUUGGGAGUUUUUGGAGCCUAUGCUUUAUUUAAAAAGAUGGACACAAGCCAAGAUUUCAGGCAAACAAUGAGCAAGAAAUUUCCCUCCAUCUUAGAAGUUUACUACAAAUCCAUUGAAUAUUCUGGAAUGUAUGGAAUCAGACAGCAAGAUCAAGAAAAAUGGCUGAACAACAAAAGUUAGGAGUUUGGCCACCGAUCAAAGUUUACCCUAUUUCAUAGUAUCAGGCAAGAUUAAAAUUCCAGAACUGACAUGAUGGAUUUUGGAAUAUUUAAGGCAAAAUGUAAAUUCUAAUUAAGCCAGAGGUUUUAUUCUUUGGACUAUUAAAUACUGAAGGUAUGUUUAUUACAUUAUAAAUAAAGUUUUGUUUAUAUCA